CACAGAACAGAGCGGCACCGCAGAAGCCGACAUGAAUCCUCUGAUCGCGUGUAUGAUAGUCGGUCUAGCAGGGUUCGCCCUGGCCGAGCCACCAAUCUCAUCCGGCUACAGCUACAGUAGACCAAGCGGAGGCGGUAGUAGUUACGCGCUCGGCGGGGGUGGUGGAUACACUGCUGUAUCUACUGGCUACCAGACCAGCGAGGGAGCAUCGGUGGACGGCGCGCUGCUCGAACAGAUUCGUCAAAUUUUGCUGAGGGAAGAACAAAGCAGUGGUUCUAUAGGGGGUGGUGGUACUUACGCCCCUAGCUCGAGCUAUGGUGCUCCAUCGACUCAGUACGGUGUACCAAGCUCGACCUACGGUGUACCGGUUUACCAGACCCGCGUAGUAGGCAUCGAUCUCGAAGGAAUCAGGCAGGCCAUCCAGGUGGCGCAGUUCAACCAAAUUACCCACGGGGUUGGUGGCUACCCAAGCGGACCUAGCGGAUCCUACGGAGUACCAAGCAGACCAUCCAGUAGCUACGGUGCACCGUUCUAAAUGGUCAUCAGACUAAACACAGAUUGGAUGAUGGGAGAGCGAGAGAGGGAGAGAAAGAGAGAGAGCGAGUGAGGACACCAGUCGACCACCACGACUACCUUCCGAGCUGAGAUUUUUAACGAAUGAAACGGAGGCACACGGUUAAGGUCGAUCAAGGAAAGCCAGGACUUAGAGUACGAAUAGCGGAAACAGGAUGA